AUGGAGUUGAUAAAGUCACUAUGUGACAUUAUAAUUGACUCCAAGAAGCUAUACAAAAUUAUUGAGGUGAUUCCAAAUGGGAUUGUCAGUCUGCCGAGUGCAUUUAAUCUUGAGGAAGAUGGUGAUAUCCUUGGCAUAGGCAUUCCGAAGGAAAAGUAUUUGAAAAUCUUCAAGAAUUCCCAUGACUAUUUUUACGCACAUUUUGACCAACUACUCAAUCUAGAAGGAUUGUCCAAGGCAAAUCUUGUUGACGCUUACUACAUGACUUUGGGAUAUUUGAUCCUGACAAACGAGCAUCACACAAUAAUCAAGCUACAUAGCAGAAUUGUGAAUAUUUUGCAAAAUUAUGAUCAGGAUCUAGAGCUAAUAUCGUGUUUCUUGACCUGUCGCAUGUCGAGGAUUAACAAAAGUAGUUCUUUAUGGGUGCUCUUACAAAGAUUGAUAUUAAAACUGCAUCAGGAAACCCGACCGUGCUUGGAUCCAAAAUAUAUGUUACGGGCGAUUAAAAGUUGUGAUUUACACUUUUCCAAUUACUAUGGGAAUAGUUUCCUUAGGUGGUAUCUGGCGAUUGAUGAGACGGGCAUAGCUAAAAGAGCAGAAUGGUUUGAUGUCUUUGUCCUGUUGUGCCACUCUAAGCUACUGGAUAGUUCGCUUUGGAGCUCGUUCAAUUUUAUAUUGCGCAUAAGGGCAGGUAGAGAUAUCCAAACACCUUUGGAAGAAUUAUCCCCAUCCAAUCAGAAUGUGGAUCGUGAUUAUCACUCAGCGGCAAACCACGAAAUUGUGGUAGCAGAAUUGAAGUGGUUGUUUGAUGUGGAGUGCAAAUACAUUACUCCUUAUAAGCUACUCAUUUUACUUUUGGAUUCCUCAGACCAGUUGGAGCAAAUAGAGCAGUCCCUCCAUAAAUGCAAAGGCAUUUCUCAAGAGACAAAAGACAAGUUAAGUAAAACUGUUCUAGACCACAUUGAUGACAUAUCGAGCAGAGCGAGGUAG